AUGGCUCCCACGGACCAAGUUUCAGUGACCUUUUCCCAAAGAUUCCAGUGGCUUCCUUGCGAUGUUGUACUGGAUCCUGCAACAGGGAGCGUCAAGAUUACGAGUUACAUUAACAAUCUUCAUCCUCAAGAGCACGCACACUUAUACCCUAUCGUCGAAAGGUUUAUCAAGAAGUCCUUGCCAGCUUGGGACAUCCUUUACCGCUGGCAAGAUGACUUUGCCGUACAGAGGCUUCAGACGGAAGAGGCAAUACUUGAUUGCCAGGCUGAAGAAGAUGUCAAUUGUGGCUGCAAGCCGUGGGACCGUCCUCUAGGCCAGGAUGAGGCUCCUCGACAUCCUUAUGAGCCUGGUGGUGAGGAAUAUGAGGAAGACUCUCGUUGGUCUCUUUGUGACAUCGACGAAGUGUCUGACACAUCCGAGUUUUGUGAGGGAUCAAAGGACAAAGGUCUCUCUGACCAAGAUGACUCUGAUCAGGAUGACUCUGACCAAGAUGACUCUGAUCCAGAGCAGGGCUACUUUCAGGGAUCUCAGCGGAGAAAACUAGACGAGGCGUGGUUCAAGUCAACACACCGUGUCAAUGUUCCUGAUUCAGACCCAAACGCUGCUGGUUAUGUCAAGAUCACGCCUGGUGAUGUCAAAACCACUGGUUUUUUCAAGGACAAGAAACAGAUCCAGGUCAUCGUUAAGCUGGCUAAUAUCCACCUGACACCAGAAAGUCCUUCUUACGACGGUGGUUCAUGGCAUACUGAAGGCCAGCUUAAAGAACAUAUCGUCAGUACAGCACUAUAUUACUACGACAGCGAGAAUAUCACAGACUGUUCUCUCAGCUUCCGUACUAAUACCGUAGAUCUCUCAGACGAGAUAUCCUACAACCAAUAUGAACAUGGCCCGAUUUACCGAACAUUUGCAAUCGAGAGAGAGGGAGAUCGACAGCAAGAUAUUGGCUCUGUGCACACCAAGGCUGGAAGAGCGAUUUUCUUCCCGAACCUCAUGCAACAUCAUGUCUCACCUUUCAGGCUAGUUGACCGGACGAAGCCAGGCCACAGGAAGAUUCUUGCACUGUUUUUGGUUGAUCCAGCUAUACCUAUUAUCAGUACUUCUAACGUGCCACCACAGCAGAAGAAUUGGUGGGACCAGCAUCGCUUACACAAUGGCGAGUCCUUGCCUGAUAGCGUCAAUGGCAAGGCCAGGGACGUGGAAUGGCCAAUGGGGCUGGAAGAAGCCAAGGUUGUAAGGCUACAGUUAAUGGAUGAAAGGACGUCGAUUCAGGAGCAAUAUAGUGGAGGAAGUUGGAAUUUCUGUGAGCAUUGA